AAUUUUAGCUCCAUCUAGGAUCAUAUAACGAAACUACGUGCUAGCUCUUUUGGUGUUUAUUGAUUGCAUAUCCUUGUCGCCGGAACACAGUGCAGCAUCCUGGUUUCAUUUUUUUUCAUGCUACCUGUUUCAAAUUUUUGUAAAACGCCCAUUAUUUUAACAAUGUAGUUUUUGUUUUUUUUGUUGUGUCAUUUUAAUGUAUUGAACGGAUCGAUUAAGUCUAUAAAUUUAAUUAGUCCAUAACGCACAAACGAUUUUCGACGUCGUUAUAUUUAUUAUUAACUGUAUUAUGGCGGUGUAAUUUCUUUCGGAAGCUGUUGAUCAAUCAUAAUAAUUGGUGCGUUUUUCAGGAAAGUAGGCAUUGAUUGGCACCCGUGAGAAAGAAUCAGCGCGAAAAAGGAAGCGCGUGCCCGUGGCGAAAGUAGUCGAAGGUUGUCGAAUGAUAAUAUACUUAGAAAACCGUCUAUGAAGACUACAAACACAACAUGAAAACAAUUAAAAUUAAUAUUUUAUACACCAAAAUUAAUUGUUGGAUAAAUUAUGAAAUGGGAUUUUUAUAAAUUGAAAUAAAUCAUGAUGACGAAUAAUUCUCCUACAACCAUAACGUGCAAAGAAGGGUCUCCGCUCAAACCAUGUAAUGAUGAUUUAGAGGUUGGAAACACAAUAGUUAGUGAGGUUACAAACAAUGGAUAUUUCGGGAGACAGUAUCAAAAAGUACCCGAUGUACGAAUUACAUCACCUGACGAACGACCAUCCAAGAGCAAGUUUCGUGUCCGUGACGUUAGCCCUAUACAAGUGCCUAGACAUAAAACGAGCUCUACGUGUUAUCGGAUAUUGGUACCCGAAACAAACACAGAAAAACUAGUACUUUUCGUUUGUCUUACAGUGUUUUUCACCUUACUCGUCUCGUUGGUGUAUUUUUUCGUGAAAAUAGAAUGCACAUUUGGAACUAAAGAUCAAAAAUGUAAAAGUAACUGGUUCUCAAACAAUGAACCCAACAUAUGUAUGAAAGAAGAAUGUGUUAAAACAGCUGCUUCAUUAUUGUCAGCAAUGGAUCCAACUGCAGAUCCGUGUGACGAUUUUUAUCAAUAUGCUUGUGGUACCUGGGAUAAAAGGCAUUUAAUUCCUGAAGAUAAAAGCAGUAUCAACACAUUUGAAGUGCUUGCUGAUCGAUUACAAGUUAUUUUAAAAGGUCUUCUGGAAGAAUCAGUAAAUCGACUUGACAGUUCAGCAACAAUUAAAGCAAAGCUAUUUUAUAAAUCAUGCAUGAAUAUUACUCAAAUCAGACAUAUUGGAGACAUGCCUAUCCGCGAGCUCUUAAAAUCAGUUGGAGGCUGGCCGGUGAUCGAUUCAAAUUGGCGACCACCUGAUUACAGUAUUGAAGUCUUGCUUGGUCGAUUGAAAAAAGAAUUCAAUGAAGGAAUCAUAAUUGAACCAUGGGUUGGGCCAGAUGAUAAAAACUCUUCUGUAAACAUCCUUCAGUUGGAUCAAAUGCAACUGGGACUACCAAGCAGAGAUUAUUUCUUAAAAGACAGUAGCGCUGAAGCACUACAAGCCUAUCAUAAAUAUAUGUCUGAAGUAGCUGUAUUAUUAGGGGCAAAUAAGUCAACAGCACCUUUUGAACUAUUAAAAAUUAUUGAAUUUGAAAUUGAAAUAGCGAAUAUUACACAAACGGAAACCGAUAGGCAUGACACGACUGGCACAUAUUUAAAACUUCCACUGAAAGAUUUACAAAAACAUGUUCCAGAAUUUGAUUGGCAAUUGUAUUUGAAAACUAUUUUGCAAAUUAAACUUUCUGACCAGGAACCUGUAGUGAGUUAUGCAAUGUCAUACUUUACACAACUCGGUCAUCUAUUAAAAAAAACUGACAGGAGAGUUGUUCACAAUUACAUUAUCUGGAGACUAGUUCAAAGCACUGUACUUCCACAUAUGAUUGAUGAUUUUCAGUACAAAAGAUUAAACUUUAAGAAAAUACUUUUAGGAAUUCUCAAUGAACGGAGUAGGUGGAGAGAUUGUGUUGAUUGGACCAACAAGCGACUUGGAAUGGCAGUUGGUGCUCUAUUUAUAAGAGAUAAUUUUAGCUUAGAGAGUAAAGUGACUGCUAUGGAUAUGAUAGAAUCAAUUAGAGAAGCAUUCAAUGAACUUCUAAAUGAAAACCAUUGGAUGGACGAACAAACAAGAAUAGUGGCCAAAGCAAAGGCGGAUGCUAUGAAAGAACGAAUUGGAUACCCAGAAGUGUUAACAGAUCCAGACGAGUUGGAAAAAGAAUAUAUAAUGUUAAAUGUCACCGAAAAUCAGUUUAUUCUUAACGUGUUCAAUGUGCUAAAAUUCGAUGCUUAUCAAAAUUUAGAAAGACUAAGAAAACCAGUUGACAAAGAUAAAUGGUCAACAGAACCUGCAGUGGUUAAUGCAUUUUAUAAUCCAAAUAAAAAUCAUAUUGUCAUUCCUGCUGGUAUUCUUCAACCUUUAUUUUAUAGUCAACAUUUUCCUAAAUCCUUAAAUUACGGUGGGAUCGGCGUAGUAAUCGGUCACGAGAUCACUCAUGGAUUCGACGAUAAAGGUCGGCAGUUUGAUAAGAAUGGUAAUAUGAUCGAGUGGUGGGAUUCUAAAACAAUAUAUACGUUCAGGGAAAAAGCUCAGUGUAUGGUGGAUCAGUAUUCAAAGUACAAAAUGCAAGAAGUAAAUUUACACGUUAAUGGACGCAUGACUCAGGGCGAAAACAUAGCGGACAACGGUGGACUUAAACAGUCAUUUCGGGCCUAUAAGAAAUGGGUGACCAAACAUGGAGAAGAACCAUUACUUCCUGGUAUUGACAUGACACAUGACCAACUGUUCUUUUUAAAUUACGCGCAAAUCUGGUGUGGUUCAAUGCGACCAGAAGACGCACUGACAAAAGUUAGAUCCUCCGUGCACUCGCCGGGGCCCACAAGAGUUUGGGGUCCCUUGUCAAAUUCCGAUGAUUUUGCCAAAGCAUAUGAUUGUCCGUCUGGAUCUAGAAUGAAUCCCGUCGAUAAAUGCAUUGUUUGGUAGAAUUCGUUACUACAUAGGUUAUGUUUACAUUUCAUAUCUGAAUUCUAUUUGAUUUUGAUCAACCAUUAAUUUUAUUCCCAUGACAUUUUAGCUGUUUACUUGUAAUACAGGGCAAAGUGCGUGCAAAUCAUAUCAUAUUAAUAAUAGACAAGUAAUUUGAUAGGUACCUAAUAGGUUCAUCAUUCACUAUACUAAUAUUUUUUUUGUCUGAUAUUCUGACUAUUGUGAUAAUUCAUAAAUUAAAAGUAUUAUGUAUAAAUGAAAAGUUAAAACUCGAUAAACCACCGAUUAUAUUUAGGUACUAAAACUUAAUGAUAAAUUGCUUAUACAUCACUAAAACGCUUAACAUUUUUUUGAUGAAUUAUUUGUAAAUGCGUAUUUAAUGUAGGUAUCAUUUGCCUUGUAUUGUAGUUUGUAAACAGACCAUCAACAUAUUUUAAAUUUAAAUGUAGGAUUUUUCAAACGUGUGCGUGUGUUGAAUUUAUUUAUAAAUUAUAUAUAUAAAGUAGCGUGGAUAGUAAUGAAAACUAUUAAUUCAAUAACUUAAUUCAUUUUUUGGCUAAAAACAAAUUUUAAUAGUAAGGUUUGAAAAUGAUUCCUUAUUAAUUUGUUUUUUAUUUAAUAUUGUGUUUAGUUAUAUUUAAAGUAAUCUGACUUUUAAAAUUUUCUUUGUUUAUAAACUCUAAUAAAGUAGCUGUUAUAGUAGUUAUAACUACGUAGGUAGGCACUUAAAAAUUUGCCUAUUUAAUUUUUAUUUAUAAUAAAGAUAAUUUAGUACAACAUUUAAGGUAGGUACUGAAAAUCCGAACCUUAUUAAUAAUAAAAGAUUAAAUCAAUAGAUGUUAAUCGAUGAAAAGUGUUAUCUGAGAGGACAUUUUAAUUACCAAAUAGUAUAAAUAUGACCACAAAAGAAGAAACAAUUGAGGGUAAA